AUGGCGACAAUUACAGAAGGACCUGGCAGUGAACUCACGCCCAACUUUGCUCCCUUCUUUGGCAUGGCCGGAAUUGCCUCUGCUAUGAUCUUCGGCUGUAUCGGAGCCGCCUAUGGCACCGCGAAAUCAGGCAUCGGAAUUGCUGGUGUGGGAACUUACCGUCCUGACCUGAUCAUGAAGUCCCUCAUCCCUGUCGUUAUGUCUGGUAUCAUCGCCGUCUACGCCCUCGUCAUUGCCGUGCUCAUCGCCGGAGACAUGGGACCUCCGCCGCAGCAGAACUACAGCUUGUUCACCGGAUUUAUGCACCUGGCUUCCGGAUUAAGCGUCGGUCUGGCCGGUCUUGCGGCAGGCUAUGCCAUUGGGAUUGUGGGAGAUAUGGGAGUGAGAUGUUACAUGCAGCAAAGCAGGAUAUUUGUGGGCAUGGUGCUCAUUUUGAUCUUUGGUGAAGUAUUGGGGCUUUAUGGGUUGAUUGUGGGGUUGAUUCUGCAUUCGAAGAGUUGA